AUGCCUCGUUUCCUCGCUCCUCGCCCCUGUAACCCCUGGACGAUGUACACAUCCUCCGUCCUACGCAGCCGCGGCCUCUGUCAUCCUUUGAUCUCAAUCUCUGUGAGAGCUCCUCUCUCCACCACCUCCUUAUUGCUGGCAAAGGACCCAUCCAGCACCCCCGGUUGGGAGGGCCGUGGGCCCGAAAGCCAUGCCGUGAACCGGUCACAGCUCGACCCGCAGUCCCAAGGGGCGCAGCAGGGCAUCAAGGACCACGAGGAUGGCAAGGAGGGUGGCCAGGCCAUCAGCCGCAAGGACGAGGGCAAUGCCAACAAGAAGGCAAAGAAGGAGCAUCCUAAGGCGCCCGAGCCAGUUAUCGGGAUGAAUGACGAGAGAGGCGAGUUUUCUCUGUCCUUGGUGAUUGCCAUUGUCUCCCAUCCAGAGUCCGUCCGCACUGCUUGGUCAAUUCACCCACCAACUGAUUUUGAGUAG